UGAUACCGUCCGGGUCGAAGUUCCACGGAAGAUGCUUUUAGCUACUUGGGCUGAGGGUCACAGGCACGUGCACUUCCGUUUCCGGUGUGUCCUGCAGCCAUGGCUACCGCCAAGGAGGUGAAAUUUCUACUGACGUGCUGCAGAUCGUGCCGCAGCUUUCGAGGACCCCAGUCCCGAGCAUUCGCUGCCCUUGUGCCCGGUGUGUCCCAGGUAGACAACAAUUCCGAUUUUCUGGGGAAGAAGCCCCAUCGUAAGCAUCCCGGCAUCCUGCGUCUUCCGCACGUGCGGCUGCCGCAAGCACUGGCUAACGCCGCGCAGUUAUUGCUUCUUGAGAAACCCGUCCGCGGUAUAGAGAAGCAGGUGCAGGCACUCAGCAACUAUCUCUGGAGCCGACACUUGCCCGUAGAGCCGGAGGAGUUGCAAAGACGCGCUGCGGAUCUUGAGAAAAAAUUCCUGGAAAACCAAGACUCGACUCAGACAGAGGAAAAACUCCGCGGGGCAGUACUGCAGGCACUGCGCAGGACGACCUACCAUUGGCAGAGACUCAGCUAUAAUGAGGAACUGAGUCUGAUAUAUAUGGCAGCCAGAUUGGACGGUGGCUUCGCAGCAGUUUUCAGGGCCUUCCAUGAGAUCCAGGCUCGAACUCCGGAGUUCCAGCCACAAACGCUGAUGGAUUUUGGAUGCGGCACUGGUUCUGUCGCCUGGGCUGCUCACAGUACUUGGGGCCAGAGCCUCCGUGAAUAUGUGUGUGUGGACAGUUCAGCUGCCAUGUUGGGUUUGGCUGAAAAGCUACUAAAAGGUGGUUCAGAAUCAGGGAAGCCCUGUGUCCCAGGUGUCUUUUUCAGACAGUUUCUUCCUGUGUCACCCAAGGUCCAGUUUGAUGUGGUCGUGUCGGCCUUCGCCCUCAGUGAACUGCCAAGCAAGGGUGAUCGCAUUGAGGUGGUUCAGAACUUGUGGCGUAAGACAAGCCAUUUUCUGGUGCUGGUGGAGAACGGAACAAAAGCUGGGCACCGUCUUCUCAUGGAUGCCAGGGACCUGGUCCUCCAGGAAAAAGAGAAGUCCCCUUUGGACCUUCAACCUGGCUUUGUCUUUGCCCCAUGUCCUCAUGAGCGCCCUUGUCCUCAGCUGGCAGCCUCCAAGUCACUGGCCUGCAGCUUCUCCCAGGCUUACCAUCCGAUCCCCUUCAGCUGGAAUAAGAAGCCGAAAGAGGAAACGUUCUCUAUGGUAAUCCUGGCCAGGGGCUCUCCGAAGGAGGCUACUCGCUGGCCCCGUAUCACCCAGCCUGUCCUCAAACGGCCUCGCCACGUGCACUGUCACCUCUGUUGUCCAGACGGGCACAUGCAGCAUGCCGUGGUUACAGCCCGUCGGCAUGGCAGGGAUCUGUAUCGCUGUGCCCGAGUCAGCUCCUGGGGAGACCUUUUACCUGUGAUUGCUCCGUCUUCAUCUCCUCUGUCCCCGGCUGAAGAGCCCACCGAGAGUUGAUAAGGAUGUGUGACAAGUGUCUCCCUCCAUCACCCCUGCCAAGGCCGAAGCUACCUGGUGUCCAGGAAGAGAGUGCUGGUACCCCUGUGCUUGUAGUUGUUUGAAAUUUUCAUAAUAAAUUUUUUAAGAACA